AAGCAGCCGAUCCGCGGCAGUCGCUCGUUACCCAUCGACGGUGUCGCGCGCAGAAUACACCGUGUGUGCGUGCGUGUGUGUGUGCGUGUGUGUGUGCGUGUGUGUGUGUGGCGUGUGUGUGAUAUGUGUGUGCGAGUGUGUAACCGUACGUGGCCGCUCGACGUUGGGUUCUAUAAGAUAAUAUAGUAACGACAUCGGCAUUUUUUCUAAAAAAAAAAAAUGUACACACACACAAAGUAACUUUUGAAACACGCGUAAUACGAUAAUAAUAUUAUACAGUCGUGAUAAUAUGUAUUACGUACAAGCGAUGGCUCUUUGAUAUAUAUAUAUAUAUAUAUACGCACACGGACGUGCACUCGCGAACUUAGUAAUUUACACUUCAACCGCGAGGUGUUCACUGCGUGAGAACGUCAUAAUAUUACUGCGUAUAGUAGACAUACGAAGACGACGACUACACCUGCGGCGAAAGUUUUCGUCUCGUAUCGCGAGUCACCGUCGUCGGAUCAGGUGCACACUCUGCAACGAUCGGUCACUAUACCGCGGCACAGGGCCCAUCGGCACGCACGGCGCGCGUCCAAUCGCGCGGCCGGCCACCGCUCGCAUCCCGUCGCGCCUGUCCGCUGAUCCCGUCGCGGCAACACCCGCAGCGCCGCCAACACCGGAACCACCGACCGGCCAUGGCCGCAAGGUAACAGCGCGAGCACGCCGGCUGGAUACCACUGGUGUGGUACACGGCGACGAGACGUCGGCCACGCCGUGGUAUUUGAUGUUUCCGGAUCGGACGGCCCCGGCGAGGUACAAUGCUUCCGGAAAGGCAAUGCUGCGCGCAGCUAUGCCCGGUACAGACGACCACGAUGCCGCCGAAGACCGAGUGCCUGCAGGACCGCAAGUGGUGGUGCUUCCUGCUGUCCAGCGUGUUCACGUUUCUCGCUGGGCUGCUCAUCGUGCUCCUGUGGCGGUUCUUCGCGUUCCUGUUCACGCGCAAGCAGCCCGCCGAGCUCGCGGCGCCCGGUUGCCCGAACAGCGAGCCCAAGAAGGAGCCAAAGCGGCAGGGCAAACAGGAGUUCGAGGGAACGUUCAUGACAGAGGCCAAAGACUGGGCGGGCGAACUGAUAUCCGGACAGACCACUACCGGGCGGAUAUUGGUGGUGCUUGUGUUCAUUUUAAGUAUAGCAUCUCUAAUUAUAUAUUUUAUCGACGCCUCCAACGAGGAGGUUGAACGAUGCCAAAAGUGGAGUCACAAUGUUACUCAACAAGUAGAUUUAGCGUUCAAUAUUUUUUUUAUGGUUUAUUAUUUUAUAAGAUUUAUAGCCGCCAGUGAUAAGUUAUGGUUUAUGUUAGAAAUGUACUCGUUUGUAGACUACUUCACGAUUCCACCGUCGUUUCUAUCGAUAUACUUGGGUCGAACUUGGAUCGGUCUAAGGUUCCUCCGAGCUCUGCGCCUAAUGACAGUGCCUGAUAUUUUGCAAUAUUUAAACAUUCUAAAAACGUCGAGUUCAAUUCGACUUGCUCAACUUGUGUCUAUUUUUAUAUCCGUGUGGUUGACCGCCGCCGGAAUCAUCCAUCUCCUGGAAAACUCAGGAGAUCCAUUUGAGUUCCAAAACCAGCAACGGUUAUCAUACUGGACUUGUGUGUACUUUUUGAUUGUCACCAUGUCCACGGUCGGAUAUGGAGAUGUGUUUUGCCAGACUAUUUUGGGCAGAACUUUUCUAGUAUUUUUCCUACUCGUCGGCCUCGCGAUUUUUGCGAGUUGUAUACCCGAGAUAAUUGACCUGAUCGGAACUAGACCAAAAUACGGAGGAACCCUGAAGAAUGAACGUGGAAGGAGGCACAUCGUCGUUUGCGGACACAUCACCUACGAAUCGGUGUCGCAUUUUCUGAAAGAUUUUUUACAUGAAGACAGAGAGGACGUAGACGUGGAAGUGGUAUUCUUACACAGAAAAGAGCCAGAUUUAGAAUUGGAAGGGCUGCUCAAACGUCACUACACCACUGUCGAGUUUUUUCAGGGUACAAUGAUGAACGCAGUAGAUCUAGAGAGGGUGAAGGUCCACGAGGCUGAUGCCUGUUUGGUGUUGGCGAACAAGUACUGCCAGGACCCGGACGCCGAAGACGCUGCGAACAUAAUGAGGGUCAUUUCUAUCAAAAAUUACUCGGACGACAUAAGGGUCAUUAUACAACUCAUGCAGUAUCACAAUAAAGCGUAUUUACUCAACAUUCCGUCGUGGGACUGGAAACAAGGAGACGACGUGAUUUGCUUGGCGGAGUUGAAACUUGGUUUCAUCGCACAGAGUUGUCUAGCGCCAGGAUUUUCCACAAUGAUGGCGAAUUUAUUCGCUAUGAGGUCGUUCAAAACGAGUAGAGAUGUGAUAGAGCGUUUGAUACCGUGUAUAGUUCCUGUGAAGAGUGUGGAGUUUGGUGUAUUUCAGUCUCCGGAUACGCAAGCGUGGCAGAACGACUAUCUGCAGGGGACCGGCUGCGAGAUGUAUACGGAGACCCUGUCCCCGUCAUUCACCGGCAUGACGUUUCCGCAGGCCAGCGAGUUGUGCUUCACGAAGCUGAAACUUCUGUUGUUGGCUAUUGAAAUAAAAGGCGAGGACGGACGGGACAGCAAGAUAUCAAUAAACCCCAGAGGUUCCAAGAUACAGGCGAGCACGCAGGGGUUCUUUAUCGCUCAAUCAGCUGACGAAGUCAAAAGGGCUUGGUAUUACUGUAAGGCAUGUCACGAAGAAAUUAGAGACGAAACGCUGAUCAAGAAGUGCAAGUGCAAAAACUAUGUCGGUAUGAUUAUGAUGGAGACUGGAAUGUUGGCACAUAAUUAUAAUUUCGAGGUGGCGACAUUCCGGAAAGGCGUUCGCGCUAUACAAAUGGUCGGACGGGCAAACGAUCAUCCUCCCCCCACGGAAACUCCACCAACUCUUCCAAAGAGAGUACAUAAUAUCAGAGGUGACGUCGGAAAGGAAAAGGAAAUAACACUGUUGGGCAACAAAAAUACACCAACGGCAAUGCCUAAUUCGAUAAUGUCGGCGGCAAAACAAGUGAACAAAGUGAAGCCAAUCAACCGUCCGGCGGACAAAGGGUCGCCUAACCAAAAUUACAACCGAGCUCAACAAGAAGAAGGAAGCUACGCCGGAUAUCAACUCGCAUACGAAGUUAAAAAAUUAUUACCGACGACCAGAGGAGGAUCGGCCGGCACAAACAUAAAUAGCAACGGUAUUCAAAUCGGUAUCGCCGACGACCAAGCGAAAGACUUUGAUUUUGAAAAGACUGAAAUGAAGUACGACUCCACCGGUAUGUUUCAUUGGAGUUCGGCUAAAAGCCUUGAAGAAUGCAUCCUGGACAGGAACCAAGCCGCGAUGACCGUAUUGAACGGUCAUGUCGUGGUGUGCCUGUUUGCUGAUCCGGAUUCGCCGUUGAUCGGACUUAGGAAUUUAGUUAUGCCUCUACGUGCAUCAAAUUUCCAUUACCACGAGCUCAAGCACGUGGUGAUCGUCGGCGCCGUGGAUUAUAUUCGCCGCGAGUGGAAGAUGUUACAAAAUUUACCGAAAAUUUCUGUGCUCAAUGGAUCGCCACUGAGUCGAGCCGACUUACGAGCGGUUAAUGUAAAUCUGUGCGAUAUGUGUGUGAUAUUGUCCGCAAAAGUUCCUAGCAAUGACGACCCUACGUUGGCUGACAAAGAGGCCAUUUUAGCGUCGUUGAACAUCAAAGCGAUGACUUUCGACGACACCAUCGGAGUGCUCACGCAAGACGAGACCGCGGUGACCAAACAAUUUGAUCCGGAUGGUCUGAAUUGCGCUGGUGGGCCCAUAGUGUUGCAGAGACGAGGGUCAGUGUACGGCGCCAACGUUCCGAUGAUUACUGAACUGGUUAACGACAGCAACGUACAGUUUCUUGACCAAGACGACGACGACGACCCCGACACAGAGUUGUACCUCACCCAGCCGUUUGCGUGCGGUACGGCUUUCGCCGUCAGUGUCUUGGACUCGCUCAUGUCGACGACGUAUUUCAAUCAAAACGCGUUGACGCUCAUCCGAUCGCUGAUUACCGGUGGAGCGACGCCUGAACUUGAACUCAUUUUAGCUGAAGGAGCUGGUCUCCGCGGUGGUUAUAGCACCGACGAGAGCUUGGCCAACCGAGACCGAUGCCGGGUCGGUCAGAUCUCGCUGUAUGACGGCCCGUUGGCACAGUUCGGCGAAGCCGGCAAGUAUGGCGACCUGUUCGUGUCCGCCCUCAAGUCAUACGGGAUGUUGUGCAUUGGUCUAUACAGGUACCGAUUCAGAGACAGAAGUUCGUCUUGCGAUGCGUCGUCAAAACGAUACGUCAUCACGAACCCACCGGACGAUUUCUCGCUGAUGCCCACGGAUCAGGUAUUUGUGCUGAUGCAGUUUGAUCCCGGGCUCGAGUACAAGCCCACCAGCCGAAACGGAGGACGCGCCAAAGACGACAACUCCUGACUAUUGCUUUGUAGCGCUCUCACAGACGGUCCGUAUUCGUACAUCUAAAUCGCACGGGGCCGGACUCGAUUGCGCGGCAACCGCACACUACAAACACGAUCGCCACCACCACCACCACCACCACCACCACCACCUCCACAACCACAACCUCCACGACCUCCGACACCUCCGCCUCCACCGAACGUUGCGACACUACGACGAUUUUCUUCGUGUCGUCUCUUGUUUUCGUUUUCUGUAGCAAACGUUGAUAUUUGUACUUCUGUUAAUCGACAACGUGAACGAAUACUCGUCGGGAACCACAGGCCUUUCGGCUAUGUCAUUUGUCCACUCAAUUAAUUUUUCCGAUACCGUCAACCUUAUGCCGGACACCGGUUUGGUAAGCAUCGACGUACGUGGUUGUCAAUCCGAGUUAAAUCCUACAAAAUAUACACUCAAUCGUCAUGUUAGGAUUGUUCGUCACUCACCCGUUCGAGUAUCUAUACUAACUCACACACACACACACACACACAUACACACACACACAUUUAUACUAUGUACGUGUGUAUAAUGGAUUGUUUAAAUUUUACGUACAACUUAGGGUCAAACCUAAGACGUAAAAUUGUAUCAAUCUAGUAUACAUACGUUCAUUUUAUAUGGUAAACGACCACAUAAGGUACUCACAUGUGUGCGUGCGUGUGUGUGUGUGUUUGUGUGUGUGUGUGUGUGUGUGUUUGUGAAUAUGUUAGCGUAUUUAUGCGUGUAUGAGUGAGUCCUGCAGUACAUCGUCUUGAAAAUCUUAUGUAUGUACGUAUUGUUUGAAAGAUUAAUGGUUUGGAGAUGGCUCUGCGCGUUUUCGAUAAUCUAUAUUUUUAGAGGAAAGAGGACACAAUACGACCCGUACUUUUGUCAGGAUUUUUCGUUUCCUUUUUUAAAAUUACUAUCAAGUCUUAUCUGGACUUACGUUUCGAUUGGCGCACUGGAUGAAAUCGUUUGUCCUUAUGACCAACUUCGCCAGUAAAUACAUUUUCACGUUCGUUUUCUACGUACCUCAACUCCGAUAUUUACACUAUACCUUUCUGCCGAAAUUUUUUUUUACAUUUUAUUCGAUCGUGUUGCCACAACGUGUGCGUCGCCCCACUUUUCGAGCCUCGCCGCUGCGAUUUAGACGACAAACGGACAACGUGUUAGCGCUACACCCGUCGGUAACUUUUUCUGUACAGUAUAAAAUCUCGUCGUGUAAUAGUUUACUUAAAUAACUACUUUAUUGUUCAUACUAUAAUAAUUGUUUUGUAAUCGUAAAAUUUGAUUAUAAUAAUGUGUAUUAUGUAGAACACCAAAAGUUAAAAUGAAUAUGUAUAACGCUCGUUGUACCCUAUAAUGUUUUAUUAUUAUCAAGAGUGUAGUUUAAAAUUAUAAUCGCCUAUGUAUUAUACAAAAAAAAGUUAUAAGAUAAAACCUUAGGAGAGCCAAUUUACAAAAAAAAUAUUUAAGAAAAAGAGAAAAACUAAAAAAAAAUUGUAUCAGAAUAUGCUGUACCCUAAUAUACAGCAAUGUUCUUUAGAAAAUUCUUUAUAUAUAUAUAAAAACAAAAUUGUCAUUUGUUUUUUUUUUAUAAUUGUAAAUAUCAAAUGUAAAGUGGUUAAAAAAAAUUUUAGCGUGUAAGUUGAAUAACUGUACAUUAUUAAUUUCGAACAUUAUUUUAUACACUGCGUUACCGAAUUUAUAAUUGUAUUUCAAUAGUCUGAAAGUUAUCAUUUUUGAGAAAAAAAAUUUCGUUCAUGAGCAGCUAUAUCUUAAUUUUAAAUAUUUUUUUUAUCAUCUACUAAAUUAGUACGAUUUUUUAUCAUUAUUAUUAUAAUUAUAAUUAUAACCAUCAUAAAUCGCGGCUGUUUAUGAAUUCUUGUUAAAAAUCAUAAUAAUAUUUUCAAAAAUCACUACAACGGCACUAAAAGUUUUUUUACACGCAAUUUUUGUAUGAACUUAAAAUAAAGUUCAUUAAAAAAAAGUAUAUAUAGUUAUAUAUAAAUUAAAGUGUUAUAGUUGAAAUUACAAAAUCACUGUUCUAUUUAUUCAAAAUUGGGGGAAUCAGGGGGGCUUGUGGGGAGCUUGUUAUUAUAAAAUAUAUUUUUUUUUAUUGUUAUGAAGCGUUUUACAUAUUGCAAUUUCGUGUAAACAAUAGCAAUACAAAAUGAACAAAUAACUAUUACGAAAAAAAAAAAAAAUUAUAUCUAUUAAAAUACGAACAAAAUAUAAUAUUGGCUUUCUGAGACAAUCAAUAUUUCUAAGGAUAAACAUGUUAAAACCGUAUAAACCUUAAUCGCGCAAUAGACAAAAAAAAAAAUAAUAACAAAAAUAAUAAUAAUUGGACGUUUUAUUUCUUGAAAUAAUUAUUAUAAAUAUUGCAUACUUGAAUCAUAAUGACGAGCUUUUUGUUAAAAAAAUAUCCCCUUACAAUAUAAUAUUAUGUACAUUUUUUUUUUAAAAGACAAGUUUGGAAUUUUAGUAAUUUAAAAUAUCGCUUGAAAAAAAUUGACAUCGUUUUUUUUUUUUUUUUGUAAUCAGUUAUGUUUGAAAUUAUUGUUGUUAUAUUAUUGUUGUUUAUUGCUAUUGAAAUAAAAUUAUAUAAUAAUAAAAAAUACUUAAAAACUA